AUCUCAUAACAUAAUCUUAUUAUUUCUGCUUCUUCUCGUGAUGAUCACGAGUGGAAGACGUGUGCAUGUGUUCCAUUUCCAUUAAACAUAUUAAAUCUAGUCUUUCAACCUGGUCAACAAAACAACACACUCCUCGGCUAACUCAUAUCCAAUCAGCUGACGAACGGCCGUGCCCAAAGAAAUAUAUUUAGUGACCGGUAAUAUUUACUGCCUGGGUGAGACAUGAUGAACACACUCCGUCCUCUUCGCCUGUUUCAACUCCCUGUUGCGUCCACCAGGUCCAGUUCCUGGUGGGCUGGGGUCCCUAUGGGUCCACCCGAUGCCAUACUGGGGGUCACCGAAGCCUUCAAGAAGGACACCAACCCCAAAAAAAUCAACUUGGGCGUUGGCGCUUAUCGAGAUGAUCAAGGCAAACCUUAUGUUCUUCCGACUGUUAAAAUCGCUGAAGAACGAGUUAUCAAAAAGAAUUUGGACAAGGAAUAUGCUGGAAUUACUGGAGUGCCCGAGUUCUUCAAGGCAGCAAUAAAUCUUGCUCUUGGGGAAGGAAAUCCAUGGACAUCCAGUGGACUCAACGCCACAGUUCAAGGUAUCAGUGGAACGGGCUCUUUAAGAAUUGGGGGUGCUUUCCUCCGCCGUUUUUUCCCUGGGAAUAAGGAUAUUUACCUUCCCAUCCCCACAUGGGGCAACCACAUCCCUCUCUUCAAAGACUCUGGCCUCAAUGUCAAGACUUAUCGCUACUAUGAACCCAAAACUUGCGGUUUCGACUUUCAAGGAGCACUGGAAGACAUUCGGAAAAUCCCAGAAAACUCAAUCAUCCUUCUCCACGCCUGUGCUCACAAUCCAACAGGCGUUGAUCCCAAGCCAGAACAAUGGGCAGAAAUAUCAAAGUUAAUCAAGCAGAAAAAACUGUUCCCCUUCUUUGAUAUGGCUUACCAAGGAUUUGCUUCUGGUGACAUGGAUCGGGAUGCCGCUGCUGUUCGACUGUUCCUCAAGGAUGGACAUCAAAUAGGAUUGGCACAAUCAUUUGCUAAAAAUAUGGGACUGUAUGGUGAGCGUGUGGGAGCAUUUUCCUUCAUCUGCAGCUCAAAGGAAGAGGCGGACAAGGUCAUGUCCCAACUCAAAAUCGUCAUCCGUCCCUUGUACUCUAAUCCACCUGUCCAUGGAGCUAGAAUUGCAGCUGAACUCUUGAACGAUUCAUCCCUGCGUGGACAAUGGUUGGCCGAAGUGAAGGGGAUGGCUGACCGUGUAAUCAGCAUGAGGAACCAGUUGAAAGACAAUUUGAAGAAGGAAGGGUCCUCUCGAAAUUGGUCACACAUCACGGAUCAAAUCGGCAUGUUUUGCUUCACUGGCAUGAAACCAGAGCAGGUGGAAAAACUCAUGAAAGAGCACAGCGUCUACCUUACCAAAGAUGGCAGAAUCGCCAUUGUCGGUAUCACCACAAAAAAUGUCGACUAUCUGGCUCACGCAAUACAUCAAGUGACCAAAUGAGUGUAUUGUAUACACUCAUAAUAUAUCACAAUUAUCAUAUAAUCAGAGCUAUUAUUAAAAUGUAAAAGCAAUCGUUACUCAAAAAUGAUAAUAAACAUGUCAUUUUAUUUUAAGAAGAUAGUAA